AUGCCGCGUCCUCGGAGGCCUGGUGCGCCGGAGCCAAAACGAAGAAGCCGAAAGGGUUGUUGGCCAUGCAAGGCGCGGAAAGUCAAAUGUGGUGAGGAAAAGCCUUCUUGUGUCAAUUGUCAACGGCAGGGCGAGGCGUGCGAUUACAGCGUUCGCCUGAACUGGGGUGGUCGAACAAAACGAGCGUCUGUUGACUCACCCUGUUCUCAGUCCAGCGGUUAUGGGGGUACUAUUAUCUCGUUCUCAGACGCCCCGACAAAUGCUGUGAGCUCCAAUUCCAUGCCGAUGCCGGCAACCAGUGCGCCAGUGGAUGGGUUUGUCAACAUGCAUUCUGGUGACCUGGGCUCCAUCUCGCCAAGCACUCCGGCUGUUGGCAUUUUCGAAUCUCCAAGGCCUCCCUCGAUAUCGGAAGGUAUUAACUCUCCAGAUCGAAUUGAUCAUCAUUUUUCGACCUGGCCAGAGCAGCCCCCACUCUCGCCUCCCGUUUCCUCAGACCCGUUGUCGCAUUAUCCGUUUGGCUCGACAUUUCAUGGAACAUUUUCAGCUGCUGCCGACCAGGGAGUGGGUCUUCGAUCUCUCUCUGCGUUUACAUUCCAUGCCAACUCCGUAUCUCAACCUGUCUCUUUUCUGCGAAACUCCGUGGAUACCAUGAAUCACGUAUCCGAUCAACAUGAAAGCCCUCCAUCGGCUUCCAUGACACAGGAUGAGCACAACCUGGGAUAUUCCGUCAAUGGAACGUCGCAUCAAGAUCAUAAUUCAUCUCUUUCAAAUGCGGGUAGUGCAUCAGCGUUCCUUCCUGGGUCCCAUCACUCUAUGGCUCAGAACGACGCGUCAUCAUCUCCAGGCUACGAUGGAAUGUCAUCCUUCAAUCAUACGGAGACCUCUUCAAAUGAGCUUUUGGAGGACCGCAAAUCUACACGGGAGUUGUCCGUCGCUCAAAGUAAAUGGCGAGCGUAUCUCACGAGCGUGACCGAUAAUUAUGGCUUGGACUCCGGGCGACCAGAUCAAGAUCUCACACUGAAUAAUGACCAUGCUGCAAUUGAUGUCAACUCUGCUCUAGAUAUGAUCAAUUCGCGUGGAAAAUCUGAAGAGGGGUCACCCAAGGCAUAUCCCACGCCGACGGGUCGUCCACAUGCAGAAUAUGGCGGAUACUAUGCAUCAGCAGUGCCUAUCAAUAUCCCGAGGUAUCUGUCUCCUCUUCCGUCUUCGCUGCUGGAGAACCCAAUCAAUUUGAUGUACUUUCAUCACUUUAUCAAUCAUACCUCUCGGAUGCUAGUACCACAUGAUUGCGAUAACAACCCGUUUAUGUCAGUUUUACCAUCGAUGGCAAUUGCCGAUCCUAAUUUGCUCAAUUUAUUACUCGCAUACUCGGCGAGUCAUCGUGCGCGGUAUUUAGGACAUGCAGAGCCCGCCAAUCGGAUUGCACACUGGGUCAGCAACGUAUUUCCAACAUUGCGUGUCGCAUUGGAAGCAUCCCAUGAGGAAAUUACCGACAGCCACUUAGCGACGGCUAUUCUUCUGUUAUCCCUGAAAAUCGUCUCUCCCGGGACAUUCGAAGUUCCGAUUACUUGGCAGAGUCACUUGAAGCUUGCUCGCGACUUGUUCCUGGCACGUAGCGAUCGCAUCGCUCGACCCGGGAACAAGAUCGGGGCUUUCUUUGCACGCUGGCUAGGGUACCUUGAUACAGUCGGUGGCUUGUCAUGUCGUCACGCUGGUCGGCCGUUGAUAUUAUACCAUUCUGUUCUAGAAGCUUGCUCGAAGCCCGAGGGGUUUGACGAGUAUAGCGUAGAUUGUUUCACAGGAUUCACGCCGCAGACCGGACUUUUCCUCAUUCGCCUGGCAAAACUUGUACAGGAAUGCGAUAACCAGCAGUUUGACGAACUUGGGAACUUCCGAUCGGGUUGGCAUCCAUCUGCAGAUAUGGUUCUCGAAGCGCAGGUUGUACUUGGUGAAAUGGAAGGAUUGAGUGAACGUGCUCAUGCCGACCCAAACCAUCACCAUGGUAUUGAAGCCCAGGACAUGAUGGCAGCCGAAGAAGCGUUCCGAUGUGCUGGGCUGAUUCAUCUCCAUCGCCGUGUGUUGGGAUCAUCGCCAGACUCGUUUCCCGUCAAGGAGGCUCUUCGCCAGCUGUUGAGUGCAUUGGAUCGAAUGAGACUUGGAGCCUCAACUGAGGUUUGCUCGCUUCUACCCUUGUUCACUGCUGGCUGGUCAAUUCUCACUAUUUUCGUCAUGUCGCUGGUAUGUCUCUUGGAAGAGGCCGUUCAAGGCAGAAGUGAAAAGGUCCUUCCUUCACUGUCUGAAAUGAGCUUAGCCCAAAAGACUUGUGUUAACCUCCCCACCCAUACCUCUGCUAUUGCUAAGCUCUCUAUUCAGACCCUGAUUGACCGAGAGUUGGACCCUAUUCCCCACGCAGCCCUUCUGCCAGCAAAAGAGGACAAACCCAACACCAUGGAUCAUCCCAUCACUCGCUACGUUCGCAGCCCGACUGUUCUCCCAUUUGGAGAGGAUCCUUCGACUAAGUGGCACACCGGAGGCGCAGUUCUCGGAGUGUUUUCAAGCGUUCAUGAAGUCCUCGAGGUUUUCAAGCGUUCGGGCAGUUCUCGUCACGAUCCCACUGAAAGUCUCCUGCUCAAGCAUGGCAUCCGAUAUGAAGCCGAAGACACCGAUACGGAACUCGCUCGCCGAACCGUUAUUAUCAAGGGCAUCCCAUCCAACUUCACCAUCGCCCAAGUUCUCUCUGAGAUUCGAGGCGGCCAGGUUUUUUCCGCAACACUGAUGAACACCACUACCUUGCUUGGGCGUGAGAGUGCACUGGUCACUUUUGUGACUGCGCGGGGCGCGAAAACUUUUGUCAAUACGCUUGCCCGUGGAGACUGCGGCCUUCUUAGUCUGGUGGGACUUAAUGCGAUUGUGCUGGGUUCCCCUACCUUCCCAAUGAAUGACAUUUUGCAGGAUCGUAUUACACGCGGAAAACUCACCCGAUGCAUUCGUGUUGAAGGCAACAAGAUGAAGAAAGCCAUCUCAAAGCUCAACAAAAGUACCACUCGCAAGAUUGAGUUCAUCUGUGUUGGCCGCGGAGCUGAGAAUAUUCUUGAAUUCGCCUCCGUUAAAAUGGCAGAUUGGGCAUUUGGAGUUCUGACUGAGGACCCAUACUUUGAUUUCAGUGAAGUGAGAUUUUACAGGGACCCGUGCGAUGUGUGA